UGAGGAACAAGGUAAAGCCAGCUUCCUUGGGUCAAUCUGGCUUCCUACUGUCACUCCACAUAACCUCACUCCUCCUUUACUCACGUUAAUUAUGGCGGACGAAGACUUCUCUUUCUCUCCUACGACGCCCGCCUCGGCUCCUAGUCCCUCGGCACAUUUCUACCCAUUCGCGACGUCUCCGGAUAUCAUUCGCUCUCAUGAGAAAGACAUCUUUCUUACCUCAAAUCUAGUACAACAAGCCCAGAACAUUAUCCGCUCGCUCCGCGGAGCCCGAUUUGCUCAUACCUACUCCAAUACAAUCAAAAACCUGACCGAGAUCCUAUACUUUUCCCUGACUACCCUGAUCGGCAACCGAACAUUGGGCGAGGAGUAUUGUGAUCUCGUCCAAUUGGAAGAUGACACACUCCAGCUACCUUCUUUCAUUAGGCGAGCGGGGUAUAUCGUGAGCAGUAUCAUUGUACCCUGGAUUCUUCAGCGGAUUUUACCAGCCUUCCGCCAACGACUACGGGCGAAGUUAGAGCGGAGCAUCGCACGGCAACAGCUUAAAGCCCAACAGGCCAAAGAGGGGGCAAACCCUACCCGAAAUAAUGCGUCAAAUUCACCAUCCUUCUUUACGAAGUUACGAAUUCAAAAAUAUAUUCUGGAACAUCUUGAUUCGAUCACGUCGUUGAGCCCAAUCUAUGCUCUGAGCAUCGCGACGUUUUAUUUCACUGGCGCGUACUACCAUCUGUCGAAACGGUUUUGGGGUCUGCGAUAUGUAUUUACAAAGAAGCUCGAAGAAAACGAGCAGCGGGUCGGAUACGAAGUGCUAGGUGUACUGCUUGUCUUACAGAUCGCGGUACAGAGCGUGCUGCACGUCAAGAAAGUGGGGCUCAGUUUGCAACAAGAGGAUGAUCUUGAGACAGAGGCUACCCAUUCUAGACGUCAGGACGAUGCAUUGAUCCACUCUAUUGAGAAUCCGUCGAAGCUGCCUCUUCUUCCCGCCUCUGAUGCCCGGUAUGAUCUCUCAGAGGAUUCCAGCGCAAUUCCUUGGAUCCCAUCAGGACAGCAAGGCAGGUGCACGCUUUGCCUAGAACCCUUUAAAGACCCCAGUGUCACCACAUGUGGACAUGUUUUCUGUUGGACAUGCGUGCGAGAUUGGGUACGAGAGAAGCCCGAAUGUCCCCUGUGUCGGCAAGACGUUUUACUAUCUAAAGUACUGCCUUUGAGAGGUUAGUCCGAAUCAUGUGUAUAUAUUAAAGGGUAUGAUUGCGCACAUAUCAGCAUUUGAUACUUGGUCCACAUAUAUUCUUGCUUAUACGCCCGUUGCACCUUUUUUGCCCGUUUACCUGGUAUUAUAAGAAUAUACCCGUUUCUCAAAUAAAUAUAUACAUCAUAUAUCAGCC